AUGGGUACCACCACUGAGCAAGCCGCCGAAAUCAAGGAAAAGAAGCUGAAAAAUGCGAUGCGGGAGCUCAAGAUCCAGAAGCUUUGCCUAAACAUCUGCGUCGGAGAAUCCGGAGAUCGUCUCACCCGAGCGGCCAAGGUGUUGGAACAACUGACCGGACAGACGCCCGUCUUCUCAAAGGCCCGAUACACCGUCAGGACCUUCGGCAUCCGCAGAAACGAAAAGAUCUCCGUCCACUGCACCGUGCGUGGACCCAAGGCCGAGGAAAUCUUGGAAAAGGGGCUCAAGGUGAAAGAAUUCGAGCUGUACCGCGAAAACUUCUCCCAAUCCGGCAACUUCGGCUUCGGCGUUCAAGAGCACAUCGAUCUGGGAAUCAAGUACGACCCGUCCAUCGGCAUCUACGGCAUGGACUUCUACGUCGUCCUCGAUCGUGCCGGCCGUCGUGUUGCGAAGAGGAGGCGUGCCCCAGGCCGCGUCGGCCCUUCUCACCGAGUGGACCGCGAGGAAUCGGUCAAAUGGUUCCAAUCCAAGUAUGACGGCAUCAUCCUUCCGCCCAAGCCUAAGGAGAAGAAGCGUGGAUAUCAAGGAAAACGGCGU